AUAUUGUUGUGAUUGCGGAAGUGUUCGGAUUUCUAGUAAGCGCAGUUCCUUACAUCAAUCAGGCUUGCGAGUCGGAUAGUCGUUGGAUCUCGAUUUGGGCUCGAUAUACUGUAUGUAGGGUCUCCAUUUUACCUCGCGACUGGCCCUGGCCUUCACGUUUGUCGUGUUCCAGGUUGGGCCGCGGCCAUGGCGGACCACAGCGACAUCAGUCUGCCGCCGGAGGAGCGCGUGCGCAUCCUUACCAAGAAGGGGAGCUGGGUGGACAUCAAUGACGAGGUGCCCCUGCGCCGCUACUUCCGCUCGGGCAUGGAGAUGAUCCGCAUGGCCAACAUCUACGCCGAGGAGGGCAGCAUUGAGCGGGCGUUUGUCCUCUACAAUAAGUACAUCACGCUCUUCGUAGAAAAGCUUCCCAAGCAUCUGGAUUACAAAACGGCAAAUAUUCCAGAGAAAAAGGACACUCAAAAGAAAUUGAAGGACGUGGCUUUUCCUCAAGCUGAAAUCCUGAAGAAAGCCCUUCUCAAGCGAUUUGAACAAGACUAUGAUCAGUAUUGCGUCAAGAAGAAAGCGGAGGAGGAGGCUCUGGCUCUGCAGCAGUCGCGCCAGCGGGCCCUGGAUGCCGAGCGGGAACGCGUGGCCGAGAUGCAGCGGCGGCAGCAGGAGCAGGAACAGUUCAGCGCCUUUGAGGAGAUGAUCCGGCGGCAGGACCUGGAGCGAGAGCGCCAGCGCGUUCUCCAGGAGUUCGGCCAGCCCUCCGCGCCUCCCCAGGACACGCCGCUCAUCCCGGGCAUCCAGGGCCCGCCCGCGCCGCCGCACAGCCCCCGCGACUCGGCCGGGAACCGCCCUCCCUCGUCCGCCGCCCUGCCCAACUUCGACCGUUCCCUUAAGCCCGGCUCGCUGCUCAGCCCCGGGAACAACGACUUGACGGUGGAUGCCCUCCGCCAGCUGCUCGUGCCGUCGGAACUGUGCCGAAGUUUCCUGCGACUGGCCGAGGCCAACACCAGCCGAGCGGUCGAAACCUGCGGCAUCCUCUGCGGAAAACUGACCAGAAACAUAUUCAGCGUAACGCACGUCAUCGUUCCCAAGCAAUGCGGCGGCCCCGACUAUUGCGACACGGAAAAUGAAGAGGAGCUCUUCCUCAUACAGGACCAGUAUGAUCUCAUCACCCUGGGCUGGAUCCAUACUCACCCAACGCAGACGGCGUUCCUGUCCAGCGUGGACCUGCACACGCACUGUUCGUACCAGAUGAUGCUGCCCGAGGCCAUCGCCAUUGUCUGCUCGCCCAAGUUCAAUGAGAUCGGCUACUUCAGAUUGACAGAUCGGGGAACCAAUGAGAUCUCCUCGUGUAAGCAGAAGGGCUUUCACCCUCACAGUAAAGACCCGCCUCUAUUUACCCAUGCCGGCCAUGUCACCAUCUCCAACGACGCCGUUUCCGUGAUGGAUUUGCGGUGAUUUGAGGAUUUCCCCCCCCCCCCCCCCUUUCUUUUCUUUCCACCUCCUCCCAUUCCUCCUGCGAUGACACUUGGACUGUUUUAUCACACCGGAGAGUUUUUAUUUGUUUCCAGGAUUUGUCUUCAUAUCGUUCUGUGGACUAGGAGUGUUUUCCGAAAAGGGG